GUGGAGCACAGACACUCUGCUGUCAGAGAGCCUUCAGUCUGCAACGGAGUCACUAGAGGGAUCUGUCUGCCUUAUCAGCCAAAUAAUGAGACAAAAGGAAUCAAUCUAUUGUCUACGAUAACUGAGCAGUCUUAUCUCCUUCUCCUACAUGCGUUUUGCUUUGAUGAGCACCGUCCUGCUUAGGAGAAGCAGGUGAUCUGCACAACAAGGGCCUCAGGAAACAACUGCAAUAGCUUGCACAAUCCUGCACUCUCGUUGUGACUGCUCCUCUUCUGUGUGCACAUCUGCGGCGUGUGAGCAUUUUAGCCCUCACCACAUUGUGUGUGCGUGCGUGAAGAGGCUAAUGCCCGCGGAAGCGUGGUCAGGGCCAGAGGAGGAUGAGUCCGGCUAUCGAGGCUCAGGCCCAGGAAGCCAAGGAUGCGGAGAGCCAGAAGCAGCCGCAGCAACACCCACAGUGCUACUUGGAGAAAGGGGUGAUACUUGAGCCCUUCAUACACCAGGUGGGGGGGCAUUCAUGUGUCCUGCGCUUUGGAGAACAGACCAUCUGCAAGCCCCUCAUCCCCCGCGAGCAUCAGUUCUACAAGAGCCUGCCCGCUGAGAUGAGAAGGUUCACCCCUCAGUAUCGAGGUGUGGUGUCAGUGAGUUUCGAGGAGGAUGAAGAAGGAAACCUCUGCCUCAUCGCCUACCCCCUGCACAGCGACCCAGCGGCCGACCUGGAAAACAAGGACCCCUCCGCUGACAGUGAACCCAAGAGCAAGAUGCUCAAGUGGAGCAAAAUGAUGACGUCCUCACCUCUCGUGGAGAGCGAUAACCUCAGCAAAGAUGGACGAAGUCGCCACCUGCGCAAAGAAAAGAGUGCUCACAAGCUGCUGGAGGAUGUGGAGCUGGAGUGGCUGCAGCAAGCUGAAGUGCUGUACUACCGCCUGGAGCACAGUCACAGUAAUGCUGUCCCACAGCUCAAACACAACCCUUGGAGCCUCAAGUGUCACCAGCAGCACCUACAGAGGAUGAAGGAGAACGCCAAGCACCGCAAUCAAUACAAAUUCAUCCUGCUAGAGAACCUAACCUGGCGCCACACAGUGCCGUGUGUGUUGGACCUCAAGAUGGGCACUCGGCAGCACGGAGACGAUGCCUCGGAGGAGAAGAAGGCUGUGCAGAUCCGCAAGUGCCAGCAGAGCACGUCAGCAUCAAUAGGAGUCCGACUCUGUGGCAUGCAGGUGUAUCAUUCUGAUACAGGCCAGCUGAUGUUCAUGAACAAAUACCAUGGACGCAAGCUCACCCUAGCAGACUUUAAGGAGGCUUUGCUCCAGUUCUUCCACAGCGGACGCCGCCUGCGACACGAACUCCUCUCACCGGUGCUGUGCCGGCUAAGAGACAUGCAAGCAGCUCUGGAGGCCUGCGAAUCCUACCGCUUCUACUCCAGCUCCCUGCUCAUCAUCUACGAUGGGGCACCACACCGCAAACACACACGCCGACGCACUGAGAGCGGCCUCUCGGAAGAAGAAGAGGAGGAUGAAGAAGAUGAGGAGGCGGAAGCUGAACCAGAAAUGGAGGAGGAAGAUGAGGUGGGGGUUGUAGCAGGUGCACUUGAUUUCCCCCGCUGUCCCUCCACAUCAGGUGAUGACAGCAGUGGAGGCUGCAGCAACGGGGGGAGCUGCCUGUCCCACUCAGGCCCUCGUAACCCAGUGGUGGACGUGAGGAUGAUAGACUUUGCCCACACCACUUGCAGACAUUACUGUGAGGACAGUGUGGUCCACGAGGGCCAGGACAGCGGAUACAUCUUUGGCCUCCAGAACCUGAUCACCAUCAUCUCCGAGCUGGAGGACCAACGCUCAGGCUAGACACUGAACGCUCACAUGACAAGUACACGCGCACAACAACAACAACAACACUAUGUCUGACUCCUUGAUGCCAACUGGACAACAAUUGUCUGUUUGUUUGUUGGUGCUUUGCAAUGUUUUGUCCUGUCGUAUCAGUGUUUUGGGGGGGGGGCUUGAAAGUCACUAUUAACAAGACUUUAAGAAAAAGGCUAGUUAGCAAAGGAUAGCUGAAGAAUUGUGCUUUUCAUUUCCAAAGAGUUUAAAGACUUUGCACACACAAACUGUUCAUGCACUUAAACACGUUCAGCUGGGCGAGUGUGUGUUGGGAUAAACUUAUUUGAGUUGAGAGACGUCUACAGCUUAAAUAAGCAUUUUUACUUCCAGAGACUAUAUUCAUACAAGCCUAGAGACGUAUUUAUUUAUUAGACUAAGUCUCAAGUAAACUAAUGCUUCAAAUGUAAGAAGGGAGAGCGCUACAUUCCAUGUUAUUAAAGUACAAUAAUGAUAUUCAUUAGUGUUCUUAUAUGAUAUGUUUGGAUACCUCUUAUCUUGCAUAUCUGUUUUGUCCACAGUUUAAUGGGGGGAGAAUUAAACUUUGGUUUGUGUUAACGUCUUUGUGUCAUCAAUUUUGAAGGGAUGCACAGUUCUUGAUAAUGCCACUCAUUUGGUUUGGCUGGUGUGUACUUUCUGCUUCAAACGUGGCUAAACAUGAAGAUAAUAAAAUCAUUCAAAUUUGCAGCCAAAUAC